GGUAAAUAAAGAGAAAAACCACAAGUCUUAACCUGGAGUCUUCUCUCUCAACAUCGACUAUAUCUGAACUGAACCCCUAAACCCCCAUCUCUCCCUUUCUCAUUUCCCAAAUCCUCUCCCUCGGUGCAAUGUUGAUGGGGGGACUCAUCUCCGGCGCCACCGGCAGAUUCUCUGCUGCCCGGAGCCUGCUGAGGCCGUCAAUGGCCGGUGCUGUUCGCCAAUACAGCUUGAUACCUAUGGUGAUAGAGCACUCCUCUCGAGGGGAGAGGGCGUACGAUAUAUUCUCCAGACUUCUUAAAGAGAGGAUCGUUUGCAUCAAUGGACCAAUCAACGACGACACGGCGCACGUGGUGGUGGCUCAGCUUCUAUUUCUCGAGUCUGAAAACCCUUCCAAGCCCAUCCACAUGUACCUCAACUCCCCCGGCGGCCAUGUCACUGCUGGUCUUGCUAUUUAUGAUACAAUGCAGUACAUUCGAUCCCCAAUCAAUACCAUUUGUUUGGGUCAGGCUGCGUCUAUGGCUUCACUCCUUUUGGCUGCAGGUACGAAGGGUGAGCGUCGUGCCCUUCCAAAUGCUACCGUAAUGAUUCAUCAGCCUUCAGGUGGGUAUAGUGGGCAGGCAAAGGAUAUGACAAUUCACACAAAGCAAAUAGUUCGAGUUUGGGAUUCGCUGAAUGCAUUGUAUUCAAAGCACACAGGGCAGACAAUUGAGAUUAUACAGAAGAACAUGGAUAGAGAUUAUUUUAUGACCCCUGAUGAAGCAAAGGAAUUUGGGAUAAUUGAUGAGGUGAUUGAUGAAAGACCCAUGGCGUUGGUUACUGAUGCUGUUAGCAAUGAAGGCAAAGAGAAAGGCACGGAUUAACUUACCAAAAGAAAAGAAAGGCGCGGAUUAGUGUUAGUGGGAUGCUAGUGACAGCAUUUUUUACUUGAAAUUAAAACUGUUCUUGAUUUGGUUUAAUUUAUGGUAUGUUAUUGUCCUUUUUAUUGUUUUAAAAAUAUAUUAGUUUUGAUGUGGGAUAUUUGUGUUUUAUCU